AUGGCACCGCCACGUUACAUCGAGCUUCCUGCCGGUCUCAAGCCCGCCGGUGUACACGGCAGCGAGCUCCUCGCUUACGAGCGUUCCAAGGCUUCUUUCGACAUCAAGGCCAUGGCCGAGUACAUUCACGGCAAGCAGUAUCUCGAACUUCAGGAGCGUCUCGUAGAGAUUCUAAGCUCGGACCCUGUCUUUGACAAGACCUCCGAUCACUACUACGGCCGGGCUGACAAGUUCCGUCGUGCCAUGCUCAAGGACAAGCGUCUUGCACAGCUCGCAGCAGAGCAUCACUGGGGUCAGACCGAGAUCUCUGUGGCCGAGAAGCUCGCCGAUCUUCCAGGUCCCAUGGGUCUCCACAAGAGCAUGUUCUUGACCACCUUGUACAACCAGGGUAACGACGAGCAGCGAAAGGCCUUCUACGAGCCUGCCGCCAAGUACGAGAUCAUUGGCUGUUACGCUCAGACCGAGCUCGGCCACGGUUCCAACGUUCAGGGUAUCGAGACCACCGCCACUUGGAUCCCCGAGUCUCAGGAGUGGGAGAUUCACAGCCCUACCCUCACUGCAAGCAAGUGGUGGAUUGGCGGUCUUGGAAGGUCCGCCGAUCAUGCCGUCGUCAUGGCUCAGCUUAUCAUCAAGAACAAGAGCUACGGCCCUCACCCUUUUGUCGUCCCCAUCCGUGAUGUCAAGUCCCGAGAGAUGCUUCCUGGCCGUACUAUCGGUGACAUUGGUCCCAAGGCCGGUUACAACACCACCGACAACGGUUUCAUGCUCUUUGAGCACGUUCGAGUCCCUCACUUUAACUUGCUCGCCCGUUUCUCCAAGGUCGAGCCCGAGACCGGCAAGUAUCUCCCACCACCCAACGCCAAGCUUGCUUACGGUACACUCACAUGGGUUCGUGCCAACAUUGUUCGUGACGCCUCCACGGUGCUUAUGCGCGCCGUGACCGUCGCUAUCCGAUACUGUGCUGUUCGAAGACAGUUUGCCGACCGCGAUGCUCCCAAGUUCGGCCAGGACGGCAAGCCUUUGGAGACUCAGGUUCUCGACUACACCAUGGUCCAGAUCCGUCUCUUGCCCAUCCUUGCCCAGGCUUUUGCUUUCCACUACACAUCGCGCUUCAUGUUCGAGCUCUACGAGCAGAACCAGGCCAACAUCGAGUCCGGCGAUCUUUCCUUGCUCGCUGACACUCACGCCUCCAGUUCCGGUCUCAAGUCGCUCACCACCCUCUACGCCAGUGAUGCCAUCGAGGUCUGCCGAAAGGCCUGCGGUGGUCACGGUUACAGCAUGGCUUCCGGUCUGCCCGACUUCUACGCCAACUACCUCCCCAACGCUACUUGGGAGGGUGACUCGUACAUGCUUUCGCAGCAGUGCACCCGAUACCUCUUCAAGACUAUGCGCGCCAUCAAGAGUGCUCGUGGCAAGGUCGACAAGAACAUCACCACUCACUACAUGAUCCGCUACCUCGACAACAAGAAUGAAAAGGCCAACAUCCAGUUCUCUGGUGACCUCUACGACCCUCUCUUCUUCAUGCGUGCCUUCGGCCACCGCGCUGCUUACCUCACCGAGCAGACCUUAGCGCUUCGUGACGAUGCCAAGCGUUCGUGGAACUCAUUGCUCGUCGAGCUCUACCGAUGCUCCAAGGCACACUCGCAGUACUUGCUCGUCCGCAACUUCGGCAUGGCCAUCCUCAAGGAUGACAGGCUCAACUCGCAACCCGCUCUCCGACAGAUUGUUCAAAAGAUCUUCCUCCUCUGGGCCUGCCACACCAUGGAGCAAGAGUCGGCCGACUUCCUUGCUUCCGGCUACAUUGACGGCAAGCAGUUCCACCUCUUGGGUAGCAAGAUCCAGGAGAUCAUGGCUGAGCUCCGACCCAACGCUGUCGCUCUCGUCGACUCGUUCGCCGUGCCUGACUACCUCCUCAACUCGGCCCUUGGUCGCUCGGACGGCAACGUUUACGAGGCUCUCUUCGACUUCGCCCUCCGCGAGCCUCUCAACUCAGCAAAGUGGAAUGUUGAUGUGCACGACAUGAACACUACCGACUUUGACUCGGACUUGCCUCGUGCCAAGCUCUAG